AUGGAGUUCAGACGUCCCGCAGAGAACAAUAAGCUAAAAACAUCAGAGGAGGAUAUGCAGGCUCCUGCCAUUCACCUACAGGACCUCAAUAUAAUUCAUAUACCAAAGCCACCCAAGGGUCAUCAAAAACCAGCGCUCAUGGCUUGUGUGCGUAAAACACAGCCAGCUGAUGAAGUAAGGGAGGCUGUGCAUCCAGUGAAACUGGACCCUUACUCUCAACUUCUGGACUACACAGGAUCGGAAGGGCUUCGAUUUGAUGACCAUGGGAUGGUUCUUCCACACAGCAUCCUGGGCAGUUUAGAGGAUUUCAGAAGUUAUCUGGAGGCCAAAGGGAAGACAGAGUGGGCGCAGCGCAUCCCAAAGUCCAGGAGAUAUGAUCCAUCCGAGGCCCCAGAGACGCAUCAUUCUGAGGCUGUGGGGAGUGGGCAUGGCCUCCCUUCAGGCCACAGAAAUGUGCAGUGUAAUGCUCUGCAGCAUUGGCAUACACACAUGAUGCAGCGCAGGCAGCAGCAGGACUUCUUAUCUGACUUACUCGGCAGGCCAGUCGAAAACUUGCUGAUGAACCAAGCUAACCAUUUCAGAGAAACUCAGGAGAAGAGGGAGUUUCUAAACCAAGUCAUGCCACUCAUCCACUCUGGAUAUGGUUACCGUGUGGGCAGUGAGUUUUGGAGUCUGCCCCACCAUUAUGGAGAUGAGAUGAGUGGCAUCACAGCCACUCUGACUCAGACAGAGCAGGGCAGACGGGAGCCUGUCACACACGUGGGACAACCGAGCAGCAUACACCAGGAAUCAGGAAUAGUUUGUGCUAAGACUCUGCGUCCAGCCUCUCGGACUUGGGCCCAGAGUGCAUACCUGCAGCGCCGGUGUCAGGAGCUUGGAGAGGUUCUACGGGACAUGGACAUGAAAAAGCCGGAAAUCAAUGGACUGGAGGUUAUUGGCUCGAGCGAGCCAUUCACUCUUGUCUCAGUGGGUCGUGGUCCCCUCCUGGAGAAGGAGGAAGAGGAGAACGAGCACGAGAAGAUGAAGAAGGAGAACCUCGAUCCACUGGCACACUCUGAUGAUGUACGGCCAGAUGCUCUGCUCAUUCCUGCCUUGAGAUUCUGUGGUCAGCUUGCUAGCUGGACUGGAAACUCUACCACUAACCAGGGAGAAGUAGGACUCAGUGCCACCUUAAUAUUUGAGGCCCCGACUGGUGAAAGAGCCUCUUCGCACCUGGAUCUGCACAAUGAGGGCAGCACAGCCAUCUUCUACAGCUGGGAGCAGCUUCCCGUGCCACACAGCUUUCCUUUACUGCGAUCACAAACAAAGAGUCUGCACUUCUACUUCAACUCAUCCUCUGGUGUGAUUCGUCCAGGUGACGCCCAGCGGGUUGAGUUCAUAUUUAAAUCCCAGGAGCCAGGCAUCAAAACUGAACGAUGGCAGCUCAACACCCACCCUGUGCUGCUGCAAGGAGCCUCCAUGCAGGUCACACUGAGAGGAGUGGCUCUGUACCAGGACAACACUGCAGACCAGAGGCUUUUCAUAGAGACAAAGCUGGAAGAGAUAGUGAAGGUAAAACUGUGUCUGUCGAUUGUGGAUGAGGUGCUUUGGGGAAUCCGCACCCCAGAGAGACCCAGCUCUCCGGCAGAACUCUACAUCACUGAAGAGCAAGUGUUUUUGGGCAAAUACCCCAAGUUGCAGUACCUUCCUCAGCCAGUGGAGGACCUAAAGACACUGUGGCAAGAAGUGCAUCCGGAAAGCACCUGGGACUUCUCUGUCCAUACACUCCGACAGGUUGUGCUGUCUCUGUGUGAGCAAGAGCCAGCACAGGAGAAGAGCCUGGCCCAGCUCAGCUCCCUGCUUCUGCAACUUUCUGAACCUUCUCAACGUAAUCACCACCAGCUAACAGCAGCAGCUUUUGGGCAGCAGCUGUGGAGUAAACUGCUUGACACGAUGGCUGCUGAGGCCAUGAAGCUCAGAAACCUGCAGGGCCUUCCAGAGAAAGACACAUGGGUCGAUAAAAAGGAGGAACCCCCAAGCUCUGAUGCUGAUGUGGCUGAUAACAAAGGUGAGAAGAGUGAGAACAAGGGAGGAGCAGCUGCUCCAGAGGGGAAUGGGACGAGGUCCAGAAUUAAAGAUGACAACCAAUGGGAGUCCCACUCAGCUUUAACUGAAAAAUCAGUGGAGGACAGCAAAAAGAAGGGGAAAAGAAGGGAAGUGGGGAAACCCACUCAGGAAAAGCAAGACAAGAAAACGGCCUCGCUGACUGCUAUCCUCCCAGACAGCGUCAGUCCGCAACCUCCGAAUGUAGAACUGGAGGGCGUUUACACACCGCUCCUGCACACAAAGGUUUACGUGCUGAUGGAAGACCUAGUGGACAACCUGUGUGACCAUAUGGAUGCGCUUGACGAGGGAGAUGAACAGGACACGUGA